UCGAUAUACAUACAAUUCAUCGAUUAACAUUGUUGUUUUGAUAUCUAAAUUAUGUCGAAACAAGUGACGACCAAAUUACGUCAAUCAGCCAGUUUAAUUCUCCUGGCCAAGGACAGAAAUGCCGCUCCCCCAAAUUUUGAUUACAAUGCGUUGCUGCUCACACGAAACUCGAAGUCCAGUUUCAUGCCGGACUCGUCCGUCUUUCCAGGUGGCGUUUGUGAACAGACGGAUUCGUCUCCAGCUUGGUUGACCCACUUUCAGCGUCACGACACAGGCGCAGCCAAAUUGCGAGAGUUUUGCCGGGGAUUGCAGACUGCUUCCUUGAACCCAAAGGAUCAAUCCCUUAACUCGGCCAUUUCGUUGCGUUUGACUGCUCUGCGCGAGACAUUCGAGGAAAUGGGCAUACUGCUGUGCCGGGAUCAGAAGACGGGGACAAGUACUGCAGGGUAUGCACAGUUUAACGAACAGUUCGACCGCCAGCACUGGCAGCAUGAGGUGCACAACGAUGCGAGCAAGUUUCUUUUGCUAUGCGAGAAGUUGGAAGUACUGCCCGACCUAUGGUCGCUGCAUGAGUGGUCCGCAUGGCGCACACCAUCCACGUUUAAGACACGUUUUCAAACCGCCUUUUAUGUAGCCGCACUGAAGGAUCGUCCCAAAGUGAUGACUGAGCCAAAAGAGGUUCAAGAUUAUGCCUGGCGUUCUCCAUUGGAUUAUCUGCAGCGGGCGUUAAAAAAAGAGAUUUGGCUGCCACCUCCACAAUUCUAUGAACUGUCGCGUUGUCUUAACUUUCAGUCGCUGGAGCAACUACGUCAGUUUGCCCAGCAACGUGAAAGCAAGGGAUACGUGCUGACACAUCCAGUUAUGUACAAAUGCACCGAUGGUUUGGUGCAUCUGUUUCCUGGCGACGAUAUGUAUCCCGACGAUCCUGAUGCCAGCGCCGAUAAGAUCGAUACGGGUAUGUCCACAGAAGCUUUUCGUGCUCUAGCCAAGAAGAAUUUACAUCGUUCUGAACAAAGGAAUCAGCACAAGACGCAGCUACUAAUUAACUUUAAUCCUCCCGACGGACAGGUCAAUCCCAUUGAUCCACGAACGUUGUAAUUUUCGAGUAUCUCAUAUUUAGCUGGAUUGACUUUCAUUUGUUUUACGCAAUCUGGAAAAAGUUGUAAAAAAUCACAUAAGUCAGGAAUUAAUACCGUAACAAUUAACGUUUCCGGUUUCAAACUGCUUCUUUCCGAAGCGAGUAUUUCGGUGAAAGGUUAUACUGUGGUUGUGUCCUUUCGGUUCCGAGAUCAGUACCGAUAUGUAGAGGUUAAAAAGUAUAAUUUUUAAAAAUUGCUGAAUUUUAUGAAACUUAAGUAUAUAAACAGAUACAAAUUGCUUAUUUACUGCAAAAAUGUCAAAACGUACGAAAAACGUACUUAAAGUUAUUAAUUUAUUACAGUAAAUGCAGCAAAUUCUACAAUCUUUCGACCCUUAAGUGAUAAGUAUAAAAGAAAAAUAAAAUUAAUUAUUUAACAAAUUUCCAGAUCCAUUCCGGAAAAUAGAUUUUGGGGUACGGUACUUGAAAAAUAAUUUCUUUUAAUUUCGGUAUAAAAUAUGAAAUGGUAUUAUUUCCUGACUAAUUUAAUGGCAAACUGUAGUGAAUUUAAAAUCAACAAAUAUUUUUAUUAAGAUAAUUGAACAAAAUACUCUUUUUGUGUUUAAAAAUGAACUUGUCAUUCUAAUAAAAUUAACAUGAGGCUCAACACAAAAGAGUAUUUAUUAGUUCAAAGCAAAAUGCAACUGUUGUUAAUAGCAAUAAAAGGGAAUUAGUUUAAUAAUAUAAAUAA